UUUGGGGUUCUUUACUUCACACCUCCUAUCCCCUAUAAGUAUACCUCCUCCAGGGAAAGAACAAACUCAUCGUCCCAAAUCCCAAAACCAUCGAAGCCAAUCUCCAAUCUUUGCAGUACAAUGUCGACCGGUGUACUCGCUUGCACCUAUGCCACCGCGAUUCUUCACGACGAUGGCAUCCCAAUCACAGCAGAGAAGAUUGCUACCUUGGUGAAAUCUGCAAACGUGGAAGUAGAAUCCUUCUGGCCAAGCCUCUUUGCCAAAUUUGCUGAGAAGAGGAACCUUGGGGACCUUAUUAUGAAUGCCGUUGGUUCGGCUCCAUCUCCGGUAGCUAUGGCUGCUGCUGCAAGUGCUGCUGCUCCUGCAGUUGAGGAGAAGAAGGAAGAACCAGAGGAAGAAAGUGAUGACGACAUGCCGAUAUUCGAUUUGUUUAAUUAAAUUUAAACUCGUAUCAGCACAAACUUAGAAGCUCAUACUUUGAUUUUUGGGAUUUUAUUUUUCUGAUUGGAUUGAUUUUGG